UCUAACUUUCUUCUGUGUGUGUGUGUAUGUGAUAUUUUCUCCCCUCCCUCCAAAAUAUAUGCCAGCAAAUCACGAAAACCUGUUCGAUAUUCGGUCUAAAUAAAAAAUAGUGGAGAAGAUAAUACUAUAUGCAAAUGUACCAUGGAAAAUUCUCAAAACAUAUUUACAAAAGUAUCCUGUGAGUAGAUUACGUCAUUCCUGUGAAUAAAUGAUGAAAAAAACAACAUCGAAAGUUAGACGAAUCAGAGAUUUUAAGUCCACGACAGCAUGUCAAAAACAAAAAACACAUCAGACUGCAAAUAGCCUACUCAGUGUUAUCCUACAAUUUUAGCUGUAGUCACUUGGAUAGCUUAAUAAGGUAUUUACAUGAUAUAUUUAUUCAGAUAUGGAGAAAUAACAACAACAACAAUAACAACAAGAAUAAGUGAGGGCGUUUCACAUAUCCGUUACCUUGAAUACAACUCAGAUGACAGUCGUAUACAUAUAUAUAUGUGUGUGCAUAUUUAUAAAUAUGCCAAAUUAUCAGAAUCUGGUGUGAUUCUCAAGUUCUCAGAGCAGCAGUGAUGGAGCACAAUGUUUCUACAUAUCCAUAUUUUGAUAAUCCAUGGGAUAUGCUAAUUGACUGCGACAAUGUGAAACGAGGAAGUCCAAAGUCAACUCCAGCGUUGUGCAACAUUGCAACACUGAAUGGUAUUCUAUGCGCCUACAUCUUGCCUUUCAUAGUUCUAUUCAAUGUCAUCUGUAAUGUGAUCAAUGCUGUCAUAUUCCUUCACGGUUAUCAACAAAAAACAAGACAAGUUAUCUAUCUUGGAGUUCUUUCGUUAAUAGAUCUAUGUGCUUGCCUUCUCGACGCUACAUUGAGAUUAUUCCCCGCCAAAGGUAUUCCAUAUGCAUCUAACGGAACUAUAUUCUUCUCCAUAAACAAUACUUCAAGUAUCGGAUGUAAGUUAUAUCGAAGUGCACUAGGAUUGUUGAAUACAUUCAGAGGGAAUAUGUUAAUUACCACAAUGCUUGAUAGAUUGUUAGCUAUUCAAUACCCUCUGCAAUUUAGCCGAUUUACUUCACGAAAUGCUUGGUAUUUUGUAUUGAGUACCUUCAUAACAGCUGUUCUCAUUAUUAUACCGAUCAUUCUUGAGUCCGACUGGACUGUGUUUUCCAACAAAAUUUUAUGUUAUAAGGUACCAUCUAAUCUAUUUCUCUACUUUUAUUAUGGUCUAUUCUCCGGAGCAUGUUUUGCUCAAACUGCAAUCAACGGAUUACUGAAUGGAGUGUUAUUACUUAAAAUAUACCUCUGGUUGCGACAAAGACGACAAAUAGCCACAUCAACACAGUCAACUAAAUCCAGCGAACUUUCAGCAUGUAUUCUACUGCUGAUUAUUUCAGGAACAACAUUUCUGCUGUCUAUCCCAGCUGCUUCGAUCAUAUUUUUUGCAAUAUCAAAUCCAUUCUUGAAAGAUCCGAAUGGAGCAUUUAUAAAAUUACGUAUUAUAUUGAAUUUAAGAGAGAUGUUUUCUAUUCUCACUUAUAUGCAGUCAAUAUUCAAUACAGUGAUAUAUAUCUGGCGAAUGGAACAAUUUCGUCUACUUUUUUUGUGCAUUCUUCAGUGUAAGCCAUUUCGUACAGUUAAACGAUCACAGAAAUCAACGCCAAAUGGUAUAUACCAUCAAACAAGUUAGUUUAACUGGAAAAUAAUCAUCAUUGUUUUAUGUGCCUGCCUAUGAAGCAUAUUUCUAACUAUUAAAAUACAUUUAUAGAUUUGAAUCAGGAUGAAGUGGAAUAUCUAAUAUGUCAAGUGGAAAUUUAUCUUAACACACACAGACUGGGUUUCACUCCGAAAUGUCUUAUGCUAUUCAUAAAAUGUAAGUGAGUUUGCAGUUUGACUAUUGACUCAGCUAACUAUUAACAUGCCCAUUUACCAACCAAAAUAUUUAUUAAACUAAAUAUCAAAUAAACUAUCUGAUUCCUUGCUUAUUAACAUCUGUCACCAAUUGCAUAUCAAAUGGGAGUUAUUCAUGUGGACUGGUUUCAUUCUUCACAUUAUCAACUUGUGAUUCAAAUGUACACAAGGGAUAAAAUGAAUGUUAUCGAUUUCUCUUGUCAUCAUAUCAUUCCCAGAGUAUUCAAUCUCCUUUUUUUUACUUAC